AUGCUCUCCUUUUGUCCCGUAUGCAAUAAUAUGCUGCUCAUAGCACAUGCUGAUAGCGGACUGUACUCGCUAACAUGCCGGUCAUGCCCAUACGAGUUUCCAAUAGAAGGUAUAGAGAUCUACGAUAGAAAGAAACUGCCUAGAAAAGAGGUUGAUGAUGUUCUCGGUGGAGGAUGGGAUAAUGUUGAUCAAACAAAAGUUCAAUGCCCAAAUUACGAAAAAUGUGGAGGCGAAAGUGCUUAUUUCUUCCAGUUACAAAUUAGAUCUGCCGAUGAACCUAUGACAACUUUUUACAAAUGCGUGAACUGUGGGCAUAGAUGGAAAGAGAACUGA